UCUUGACAACACACUCCUUCCAACUCGAAUUAUGCUUUAUCCAGUAGUAACUGCUUUUUCCUGUUCAUCAACUGGGUUGGUGUUUAAUUUAGUCCUUCGGUGUAUGUAUCAAUUGUCCGACGCAGUUGGUCUAUACUGAUGUUCAAAAAGAGACAUCCAGCCCUCAGAAAGAUGACUUUACCAGCUUCCAAGAACGCACUGAGCUUUGCAAAGCUAGCUGCUCUGGGCCUAAUAUGCUCUGUUCUUGUAUUCAUUCUGUAUUUUGAGCCUCCAUCUCCUGGUUGCCCAUACUCAUCUACAUUAGCUGAUGAGGGAAAUGAUGAAGGUGCAGCUCCAGAUGAAAAGCCCAUAGUCCUGCUGUGGUUCUGGCCUCUUGGUGUGAGGGUUGAUUUCAAAAUUUGUUCUACCUACUUCAAAGUUGACAGCUGUGUUCUGACAGAUGACAGAGCCCUCUACAACAAAGCAGAUGGAGUCAUUUUCUUUCAUAAAGACAUAGAUUGGCAUCUGCGAAAUUUGCCACAAGAUCCACGCCCAGCUUUUCAGAAGUGGAUUUGGUUCCAUGUGGAAUCCCCGACGAACACGCAGAAGAUACCAGGUCUGGAAAACCGGUUCAAUUUAACACUGAGCUACAGAAGAGAUGCCGACAUCACGGUGAGGAAUGAGCUCACUCUCAAGGAAACAGAAGAUGACUUUGUUUUGCCCAAGAAAGACAAACUGGUAUGUUGGAUUGUGAGUAACAAAGACCCAGGCACUGGAACAUCUGUGAGAGACAAGUAUUAUAGCGAACUGUCCAAACACAUCAAGGUCCACAUUUUUGGUAAAGCCUAUGGGCAGUUUUUAAGAUAUGAAGACUAUUACUCAACCCUUGCUAGCUGUAAGUUUUACCUCUCAUUUGAGAACUCAAUCCACAGAGACUACAUCACAGAGAAGGUUAACGGACCCCUUGUGGCAGGGACAGUGCCUGUGGUUUUGGGUCCACCAAGAGAAAACUAUGAACAGUUCCUUCCCUCCGAGGCCUUCAUUCACAUUAAUGAUUUUCCUGACGCAAAGUCACUGGCAGACUUUUUGCUCAACUUGGACAAGAACGAUGAGGCAUACAUGCGUUACUUUGACUGGAGGAAAUUGUACACAGCCACUCCUCAUCUUCUGUCAAUCAGCAACGAAUUCAUUCAUCCAGUCUGCCUCGCCUGUGACCACAUGUCAAGAGAUAAGGACUUUCACGUAGUUCAUGAUCUUUACAAGUGGUACUUUUCUGAAUGAGGACAUCCUGUGAUAGUGGCUCAUGCAUUCACAGACUGCUACAGCUGAAGAAAACGUUGAACUUAAAUCUGAAUAUUCCAUCAUGUAAGGUUGUUAUGUGUUACAAUGUGUUAUAACAUGUUUAUUAAUCAGCUUCAGAGGUGCUGGUUAGUGUAUUUUGUUGCUGGGCAAAUAUGAGAUUGGUGGAUUUUUUUCUCAAACUUUUCCUUUAACUGGAAUAUUAAGACAUGUAGCCCAUUUACCACUGCUUUCUAUGAUCAGAGUUAUUCUGGUAACAAACAAAAAAACAAAAAAUGGUGUUAACAUAAUUUUCUGAAAAUGUAAAACUCAUUGGAUCAGUCAUAUUAUUUAAUCUAACAGACAAUCAUAGGAAAACAUUUAUGGGAUGUGGAUAAGUGGUGACAUGAUUAAAUGAUUAAAUAUGAUUUAUUUCUGAAGCAAAAUUUCACUGCUUUCCUCUUUGGUAGGUAAAAAAGGGCAGGUUAAAAAAAUAGUUUUGGAUUUGACGAAGAUGGAUAGUGGUGCAGAUAUAUUUGUGUUUUUGCUUAGCUGGGUUAAUGCACCGGAGGCUUCUGCGCAGAGAGAAACCAAAGAGCAGCAGAGCAGGAGGCACAGGGGGACGCUGCCGUAUUUCCGGAGCCAAGAAGUCAUAUUAUCCUAUCCACACCGGGAGGCCGACCUGAGCGAAGCAGCGAGGAGGAGGCGCAGGAGGAGAAGAUGCUGUGGCCAAUAGCCGGUAGUGCAGGACCGAGCAUUGUCGUUCACCCAAUAACCUUCUAAUCCCGGAGAGGUAUUCACAUCCCCCGGGCUCCCCCGUGGACCACGAGAGGAGGUGAAGCAAUCGGCUGAGUGCGGCGACUGCGGCUGCGGCGCAAGUUCCUCCAUCUAUUUCCGUCCAGCCGCAGGUGUGCGACGUGUCCAAGCGUACUUUACAGCGAUGAACCUCGUCUCACAGCUGAUGGUGAAGUCUCACACCGGGACAGCGCGGAGCUGAGUUACAAACACAGAGAGGGGGUGAGAGAGUUAAAGAGGGAGGGGAGAGAGACAAAUAAGGAGAGAGAGUGAAGGGGGGGAUAGCGUUCACAAGAAGGAGUUGCGGUGGGGUACAUUCCAAGUACAUAGCCUUGAAUUGAGCACGGAUGUUUAUAUUGCUUCUUCAGGGAGCCGUUUAACAGCACUGAGGGCUCCUGUGUGCAUGUGGGGACCUAA